UCGUCAACAAGUAAACUCAGUGAGCAAUCUCAAAAUAUUACAAACAGUAGUUUUUAUUAAAAUUAAUACCUAUAGUUAAUAAUUAAAUGCUUUAAAUCAAAGUGCAGUCAAAAUGACGAGCAUAUCAUCCUAUAAUAAUGUCACAGUGGUCACAGGUGAAGUGGAAUAUCCCGCAAAUGAUCCUGCCUCGGGUGCCUUCUUCCAGCCGGAUUAUAAAAAGAAUGAUGAUCUGAAAAUGAUGCUGGAUGGAUCUAAAGACUCUUUAAAGUUAGAGGCUAUGAAAAGGAUCAUUGGCAUGAUAGCAAAAGGAAGAGAUGCAUCUGAUUUAUUUCCAGCAGUAGUGAAGAAUGUAGUAUCAAAGAACAUAGAAGUGAAGAAAUUGGUGUAUGUUUAUCUGGUGAGGUAUGCUGAAGAGCAACAGGAUCUGGCGCUCCUAUCCAUCAGUACUUUCCAACGAGCACUAAAAGACCCAAAUCAGCUGAUCCGUGCUAGUGCCCUCCGCGUGCUGUCCUCCAUCCGUGUGCCGAUGAUAGUGCCGAUUGUGAUGCUGGCCAUCAGGGACUCCGCCAGCGACAUGAGUCCGUACGUGAGGAAAACUGCCGCUCAUGCCAUACCAAAACUUUACAGCCUUGACCCUGAGCAGAAGGAAGAGCUGGUGGCUAUAAUAGACAAGCUGUUAUCAGAUAAGGCACCGCUCGUUGUAGGGUCCGCUGCGAUGGCCUUCAACGAAGUGUGCGGCGACCGCAUGAGUCUCAUACACAGGAGCUACAGGAAAUUGUGCUCGUUACUAGCAGACGUGGAUGAGUGGGGACAACUGGCCCUACUCAAUAUGCUUACGUUGUACGCGAAGACGUGCUUCCCAGACCCUAACACCGACUCAUACAACAGCGAUAGCGAGACUGAGAAGCCGUUCUACGAGUCGUCGAGCGAUGAGGGAGAGGAGGCACCGAGGGCGGCCAGCGUGGAGCCCGACCUGCGGCUGCUGCUGCGCGCCGCCAAGCCGCUGCUGCAGAGCAGGAACUCAGGAGUUGUGAUGGCCGUCGCGCAGCUCAUGUACCACUGCGGACCAGGCCAGGAGUUGUCUCCGGUGGCGAAGGCGAUGGUGCGGCUGCUGCGCGCGCCGCCCGAGGUGCAGAGCGUCGUGCUCACAUCCGUCGCAGCGCUCACGCUCUCCAAGCGGUCACUAUUCGAACCAUUCCUGAAGUCAUUCUUCGUUCGUACCUCCGACCCUACUCACAUCAAGCUACUCAAACUGGAGAUCCUCACCAACCUGGCCACGGAAGCCAGUGCCCCAGUGGUACUGAGGGAGUUCCAGACCUACGUGUCUUCAAAUGAUAAGGUUUUCGCCGGAGCAACUAUCCAGGCGAUCGGGCGCUUAGCUGUUCAGAUUCAAUCAGAAACCGAGACCUGUCUCAAUGGGCUACUGCAUCUGUUAUCCAGCAAAGAUGAGUGGGUGGUGUGCGAGGCGGUGGUUGUGGUGAAGAGGGUGGUAGGUGGCGGGGCCAGCUCCGCACGUGCUGCCGUCGCACGCGCCGCGCGACUGCUAAGGGCCGACAGGUUGGCAGGAGCGGCUCGCGCGGCGGCCGUGUGGCUGGUGGCCGAGCACGGCGCCUCCCGGCCCCGCGCCGCCGCCGUGCUGGCGCACCUCGCCUCCGCCUUCGCCGAUCAGGAGGAGCUGGUGAAGCUGCAGCUGCUGUCGCUGGCGGUGAAGCUGCACGUGGCGCAGCCGGCGGCGGGCGCGCUGUGCCGGUACGUGGCGGCGCUGGCGCGGUACGACGCCAGCUACGACGUGCGCGACCGCGCGCGCCUGCUGCGCCGCUUCCUGCAGCCCCGCGGACACCUCGCCGCGCGCGCCGCACACGUCUUCUGCCCCGACAAGCCCAAGCCGCAAGUCCACAGCACCUUCAGAGACCGGCAGCAGUUCACGGUGGGCUCGCUGUCGAUGUACACGGGCUCGGCCGCCAGCGGGUACCGGCCCCUCCCGCCCGCGCCCCCGCACGCCCAGCACGGGGCCCUGCGGGACGUGGGGCCCCCCGCGGGGCCCGCCGCCGCCCCGCGCGCCCCCGCCGCCCCACAGAAAGAUAAAAGCUUUUAUUCGGAGCCGGAGAGCAGUUCCUCAGGGUCGGCAUCAUCUUCAUCCGAAUCCAGCAGCUCUGAAGAAUCUUCUGAUGAAGAAGAAAGCAACGACGAAGAUAAGAAACCAGUGCAGAACAAGCAAAAACAGACCAACAAUUACAGGUCGUCGUCGUCGGGCUCAAGCGAGAGCGGAAGCGAGUCGGGCGACAGUGAGAGCGAGUCGGAUAGCGAGGCGGACAGCGGAGACGGGGAUUCACAACAUAGCGACGACAAGGAGGAUGAACCACCGGCGAGGAGGGCUCCAGCGAGAGAACAGCAGAAGAACGAGAAGUCGAACCUGGAGCUGCUGCUGGAGCUGGACGAGGCGGCCAGCGCGCUGCCGACCAUCACGCCCACCUGCGGAGGACUGCUGUCGCCACUCACCGCGCCCACGGCGGGGACAGCUGACGCAACAGAGAAUGCGAUCACCCCCGUGGGCCCGUCGUUCGUGUCGGCCCCGUACGCUGCAGAGGAGCUAGUAGGACUCGUGUCGUGGGGCGGCCUCGUGGCUCACCGACGGUGGCCUCGCACGCCGCACCUCUACUCGCACCGGUUGUGCUCGGUAGUGGUCAUAUUCACCAACCACACGCCGCGGGACGUCACCAACAUCAGGAUCAAUAAGAAGACGCUGACUGGUUCACGCGCUAUCCACGAUUUCGCCCCCGUAGCGGUACUGGAGCCAGUCGCCAACGCGACCGUCAUACUCGGGAUCGACUUCGCGGACACCAUACAGCCUAUCGAGUUCACCAUGGCCUGCUCCUUAGGUGAAGUGGCGGUGGCGGUACGGCCGCCUGUGGGCGAACUUAUCCGCGCCGUGAACAUGUCCGACGAACGAUGGGCCAGCGAACAACGGCUGCUGCGCGGCAUGACCGAGUGUGAGAAGAAAGCGGCAAAGUUAGAAGACGAACAGGCGAUUUCCAAACGGGUGUUCGAAACUGCAAACGUAGGUGCUAUCACUACCACGGGGGAUGUGUUGAGGUUUGCAGGAAGAAUGAUAUCAUCUCAAGACCUAGUGUUACUGUCUGUGAAGAUAGAACCGGAGUCUACGCUAGUCAUAGCGAACUGUCAGAAUAUGGCGGUCGCUUCAUUACUAGCUAAUGAAGUCGCUCAAGCAUUCUCCAAAUCAUGAGGUCCAGAUAGACAAGGCAAGAAUAUGGUACACGCGUCCAUAUUAUCUAUGCGGCAUAUAACUGAACAAAACAGUGUUUUUAUUUAAUUAAAUAACUUAAUUAAGGAAGUAAGUUCUGAUACAAAAUACGGAAAUGUUAGUAGUGUUAUCUACCAGUUUAACCUUGGAAUUAAACAGUAAAUCAGAAGUAAAUGUAUCGCCAUGCUUCCCAUGGUUUCUUCGGGAUACCAUCAUGAUGGGUGAUGGAUUUCUGGUGAAUUCACAAAUCUAUAGGCUAAAGUUAAUGUCACCCUUAUUCUGUCAUCCUCCACUGAUGUUCUGCGUUUACCAUUAGUGUAGUCGGGUUCACCGUUCCAUAUGUAAAGAUAUUUCCUUACUAAUAUUUG